AUGGUUGAACCGGUUGGAUUUGUGGAGGCAUGGAGAGCCCAGUUCCCUGAGUCUGAUCCCCCUUGCAUGGAGAUGAAUUCAAUGGGGGACAUUGAACAGGAGCUGGACAAAUGCAAGGCAUCUAUCAGGCACUUGGAGAAGGAAGUAAACAAGGAGCGCUUCCGGAUGAUCUACCUGCAGACUCUGCUUGCAAAAGAGAGGAAGUCUUAUGAUGGCCAGCGAUGGGGAUUUAAAAGGACACCCCAGAUGAAUGCUGGAGACCUGUCCACUGGGCAAGACUGCCAGAAGUCCCAUGUUGAUGAGGCACCAGUGGAAGAGCAGCAAAAGAGAGCGCCUGGCAAGACAGCCAGGUGUAAACCACUUCCAGAAGGAGAGGUGGGUGGGGUGUCAUCCGUCCGCCAGGAGUCAGAGAUUCCUGAUUUUCCGCUGGGCACAGGCUCGGUAGCAGCUCUGAGAUCCAACUUUGAGCGCAUCAGGAGAGCCAACUCUCAUACAGCCGGAGAUGGCAGAGGGUUGUCAGUGAUGGGCGGCCAGGACAAACCUUUCUAUGUGAACAUGGAGUACCAUCACGAGCGAGGGCUGGUCAAAGUCAACGACAGGGAGGUGUCAGACAAGAUCAGCACCCUGGGCUCUCAGGCCAUGCAGAUGGAGCGUAAGAGAUCCCUGCACUCGCUCCCAGGGAACCUGUCUGCCGCCACGGGGGACAUCAGCCAUGCUGUUCAGAGAGGCAGAUCCACUGAGGGGAACUGCAGCUACAACGGGUCAUAUGAUGAUGCUGAGGUCAUCCCACACUUACUGAAAGACGGUGUGAUCCGUUCCACUGGGGGAAAGGCUGAGUGCCAGCCUUACACUAGUGUGUAUGUUGGAGGAAUGAUGGCUGACGGGGACACUCGAGUCAUCCACAUUAGGGACCACAGCCUAGAGGAGGAUGCACACCUCACCUGGCCGAGGCGCUCCUAUUCUCCCGGCAGCUUUGACGACGUAGGAGGAGGGUACACACCAGACUGCAGCUCCAACGAGAACUUAACAUCCAGCGAGGAGGACUUCUCCUCGGGCCAGUCCAGCCACGUGUCUCCCAGCCCCACCGCCUAUCAGAUGUACAGGGAGAAAAGUCGCUCACCUUCCCAGCAUUCCCAGCAGUCCUUUGAGAGCAGCAGCCCACCCACACCCCUGUCUCAGAAACGUCUAAAGCAGCAGGUGAUGGUGUCUGAGGCCUCUGUCAUCGGGCUCCGUAAAACGGGCCAGAUCUGGCCCAGUGAUGGGGACUCCACCACGUCCAGCAGGACCUCUCAUGACAACAGUGUUCAAGGAGAUCUGGAGGCUCCCUAUAAUGAAACCCCUCCGUCAUAUGGCUAUGACCUGGAGCACUCAGAAGAUCACCAGCCACGCCACCACCCUCUAUCCUUCACUGGAUCUCCGUCGUCCUCACCACGACUCCACUCUAAGAGCCGGAGCAGCCGAGACACCCAGUCCUCCUGCUCUCUGGAGUCCACGUUGUCGGUGGAGCUGGACCAGGAGAAGGGGCUGGAGAUGAGAAAGUGGGUCCUUUCAGGAAUCCUGGCCAGUGAGGAGACCUACCUUAGCCACCUGGAGGCCCUACUGAUACCCAUGAAGCCUCUGAGGGCCGCAGCCACAACUUCCCAACCGAUGCUGAGCAUCCAGCAAAUAGAGACCAUCUUCUUCAAAGUUCCAGAGCUUCAUGAGAUCCACAAGGACUUCUAUGAUGCUCUUCUGCCCCGAGUCCAGGACUGGGGCCACCAGCAGUGUGUGGGGGACCUCUUCCAGAAACUGGCCAGCCAGCUCGGAGUGUACCGGGCCUUUGUGGAUAACUAUAAGGUUGCUGUGGAGACGGCAGACAAGUGCUGCCAGGCAAAUGCUCAGUUUGCAGAGAUAUCUGAGAAUCUCAAGGUCAAAAGCACAAAGGACUGCAAAGACCAGUCGGCCAAAAAUUCACUGGAAACUCUUCUCUACAAACCCGUGGACAGAGUGACUCGCAGCACACUCGUUCUGCAUGACCUCCUGAAGCACACGCCCUCCAGCCACCCGGACUAUCCGUUGUUACAGGACGCCCUGCGCAUCUCUCAGAACUUCCUGUCCAGUAUUAAUGAAGAAAUCACCCCACGUAGACAGUCCAUGACCGUUAAGAAGGGAGAGAACCGCCAGCUGCUGAGGGAUCGCUUCAUGGUGGAGCUGGUUGAAGGUUCCAGGAAACUUCGUCACGUCUUCCUCUUCACCGACCUGCUGCUCUGCACCAAGCUGAAGAAACAGGCUGCAGGGAAAGGGCAACAGUAUGACUGUAAGUGGUACAUCCCACUGGCUGACCUGACCUUCCAGACCAUCGAGGACUGUGAGUCCACCCCCAUCCCUCUGGUCCAGGAUGAGGAGAUUGAUGCCAUGAAGAUCAAAAUCUCCCAGAUCAAGAACGAGAUCCAAAGAGAGAAGAGAACCACCAAAGGACCCAAGGUGAUUGAGCGACUGAGGAAGAAGUUAUCAGAACAAGAGUCUCUGCUGCUUCUCAUGUCACCCAACAUGGCGUUCAGAGUGGCCAACAGAAACGGCAAGGGCUUCACAUUUCUCAUCUCUUCGGACUAUGAGCGUGCCGAGUGGAGAGAGAUCAUUCGCGAGCAGCAGAAGAAGUGUUUUAAAAGCUUCUCUCUGACCUCUCUGGAGCUGCAGAUGCUCACUAACUCGUGCGUGAAACUCCAGACUGUUCACACGAUCCCAAUGACCAUGAAUAAGGAAGAUGAUGAAUCUCCUGGUUUGUACGGCUUCCUAAAUGUCAUUGUCCACUCUGCAUCAGGGCUGAAACAGAGCUUAAACCUAUACUGCUCUCUGGAGGUGGAUUCCUUCGGCUACUUUGUCAACAAAGCCAAAACACGUGUGUACAGAGACUCUACAGAGCCCAGCUGGAACGAGGAGUUUGAGAUUGAACUGGAGGGCUCUCAGACUCUGAGGCUGCUGUGCUAUGAGAAGUGCUACAACAAAAGCAAGCAGAGCAAAGAGGACGGAGAGAUCACAGACAAGAUCAUGGCCAAAGGACAAAUAAAGCUGGAUCCCCAGACAUUGCAAAAUAAAGACUGGCAGAGGACAGUCAUCACCAUGAACGGGAUUGAGGUGAAGCUUUCGAUGAAGUUCACCAGCAGAGAGUUCAGUCUGAAGCGAAUGCCUUCACGGAAACAGUCCGGCGUCUUUGGAGUGAAGAUCAACGUAGUGACAAAGCGAGAGCGCUCCAAGGUUCCCCUCAUUGUGAGACAGUGUGUGGAGGAGAUAGAGCGACGGGGAAUGGAGGAGGUGGGAAUCUACAGAGUGUCUGGCGUCGCAACUGACAUCCAGGCGCUGAAGGCCGCCUUUGAUUCAAACAACAAGGACGUGUCUGUAAUGAUGAGGGAGAUGGACGUAAACGCCAUCGCAGGAACACUGAAGCUGUAUUUCCGCGAGCUGCCGGAGCCUCUUUUCACUGACGAGUUGUACCCCAACUUUGCUGGAGGCAUCGCUCUCUCUGACAGUGUGGCCAAGGAGAGCUGCAUGCUCAACCUGUUGCUGUCUCUACCAGAGCCCAAUCUGGUGACUUUCCUCUUCUUGCUCGACCACCUUAAACGGGUGACUGAAAAUGAGAGCAUCAACAAGAUGUCUUUGCACAAUCUGGCCACGGUUUUUGGCCCCACUUUGCUUCGGCCCUCUGAAAAAGACAGCAAAAUCUCAAACAGCUCGCAGCCAAUCUCCAUGAACGACAGCUGGUCUCUAGAAGUUAUGGCUCAGGUGCAAGUCCUUCUCUACUUCCUUCAGCUGGAGAGCAUUCCAACACCUGACAGCAAACGCCAAAGCCUUCUCUUCUCCACUGAAGUAUAA